GUUCAAACUUAAUUAAUAUUAAGAGAUAAACUAAGCUUGAGCCUCGCAAAACUCCACUAAGCUUCUACUCGACUCAUUUACCAAAAAUAAAAGCUAUGCAUAUUGACAAAAAAAUGUCAAUAAUGUAAUUUGCCAAAUCCUCAAGGGCAAAAGCAUAAGCCAACUCAACCCUCAAAGUUUGACUGAAAAACACUCUUUAACCUCUCCUGGGAUGUAACAUGAAACCCUCUCAUCUCCUCUUCCACCUCCUCCACCUCUUCACAGCCUCCCUUCUCCAUGUCAACCACCUCAUCUCCUCCAAUGAAGAACCACCCACAACCACCACAUCUCCUCCUCCUCUUUCUCCUCCCCAUCAUCCUCUCUCUCCACUCUACCUCUUCACUUGAAUUCCUCUUCAAUGGCUUUGACCCCUCCAAUAUAUCUCUCUAUGGCAUUGCCACCCUUGAGUCCAAAAUCCUAACUCUCACCAACCAAACAAAUUUCACGAUCGGCCGCGCUCUCUACCCAUCGAAAAUCCCCACAAAGGAUCCGAAUUCGUCGUUAGUCCGCCGGUUUUCGACCUCUUUCGUCUUCUCCAUGGCUCCAUUCAAAGGUGGCAGCCUUCCUGGCCAUGGCAUAGUCUUCUUGUUUGUACCAUACACAGGCAUUCAAUCAGCCACUUCAGCCCAAAACUUAGGCUUCCUCAACCACACCAAUAAUGGAAACCCCAAUAACCAUGUCUUUGGGAUUGAAUUUGAUUGUUUUCAAAAUCAAGAAUUCAAUGACAUAAGUGCCAACCAUGUUGGGAUUGAUUUGAAUUCACUCACAUCAACAAGUUCUCAUGAUGCAGGCUAUUAUAGUGGUGAUGGUGACAAGUCCUUUAAUGGGUUGAAGCUAAACAAUGGAAAAAACUACCAAGUAUGGAUCGACUAUGCUGAUUUUCAAAUCAAUGUGACUAUGGCUGUGGCAGGGAUGAAAAGGCCUAGUAGGCCAUUACUCAAUGUUUCAAUGAAUCUCUCUCAAGUGUUUGAGGAUGAAAUGUAUGUCGGAUUCACCGCAGCGACCGGGCAAUUAGUCCAGGCUCAUAGGAUCUUGGCUUGGAGCUUUAGUAAUUCGAACUUUUCGUUGAGCGAAGCGUUGAUCACAACUGGUUUGCCAUCGUUUGAGCUGCCCAACAGCUCGGUUUUUCAAUCAAAAGGGUUCAUUGCAGGCAUGACAGUGGGGGGUUUCUUUGUUGUUGUUGGUUGUUCUGUUUUUGCUCUGUUUUUAGUGAAGAGAAAGAGGAGGAGAGAAAGGGAGAGAGAUGAAAUGGAAGACUGGGAAUUAGAGUACUGGCCACAUAGAAUGAAUUAUCAAGAAAUUGAUGCAGCAACAAGGGGGUUUUGUGAUGAAAAUGUGAUUGGAAUUGGUGGGAAUGGGAAGGUUUACAAGGGGGUGUUGCCCGGAGGAGGGGUAGAGGUUGCGGUGAAGCGAAUUUCGCAUGAAAACAGUGAGGGAAUGAGGGAAUUCUUGGCUGAAAUCUCAAGUCUCGGAAGGCUAAAACAUAGGAAUUUGGUGGGUUUGAGAGGUUUUUGUAAGAAAGAGAGAGGUAGCUUGAUUUUGGUGUAUGACUACAUGGAGAAUGGGAGUUUGGACAAAAGGGUGUUUGAUAAUUGUGAUGAGAACAAAAUGUUGAGUUGUGAGGAAAGAAUAAGAAUAUUGAAAGAUGUGGCUGCAGGGGUGUUGUACUUGCAUGAGGGAUGGGAAGCCAAAGUCCUCCAUAGGGAUAUAAAGGCUAGCAAUGUGCUACUUGAUAUAGAAAUGAAUGCAAGGUUGGGGGACUUUGGUUUAGCCCGAAUGCACGAGCACGGACAUGUGGCAAGCACGACAAGGGUGGUGGGAACAGUCGGGUACUUGGCGCCAGAGGUGAUCAAGAGUGGCCGGGCAUCGGCCCAAACAGAUGUGUUUGGUUUUGGAGUCUUGAUUUUAGAGGUCAUCUGUGGGAGGCGACCGAUAGAGGAGGGGAAGCCACCUUUGGUAGAGUGGGUAUGGGAAUUGAUGGCACGGGACGAAUUAGUCCAUGCCCUUGAUGAAAGAUUGAGGGGUGGAGGGUUCAAUGUGGAAGAAGUGGAAAGGGUUUUGCAGCUAGGGUUGUUGUGCACGUACCCAGACGCGCAAACGAGGCCGACAAUGAGGCAAGUAGUGAAGGUUUUGGAAGGAAAGGGCGAGGUUGAUGAGAGUGAAAUUGAGGACAUGGAAGUGUAUUUGCUUGAGAAGAUGAAGUCUAAGGAGAUGUGGUCCAAAUAUCCACAUUGUAUGGGCAAUGGGUCACACCCAACAUUUGAACAAAUUAGACAGUCAAUCUCAUCUUCCAUCUUGUCCCUCUCUUGGUCUGAUGCUAUUGUGGAAGGUAGGUGAUUCUUCAUCAAUGAAGUGAUAUUGCAUUGGUUUUUGUCGGUUUUACCAAUUUUGGUGCACUCAAAUUUGCCCAAACUGCAUGCUCAAAAAAAGUUCAAAGAACAAUUUUCAUGUAAAUUUGUUAUCUUUGAUUAUAGGUUCAUUCUUGUUUAGUGGAUUGGAUGUUGUAGAUGAGAUUUUUUUUAGUUUGCUAGAGGAUAUACAUAUGAGACAGAUUGCUAUAUAUACACAUAUAUACUACCUACCAUGUUACAAUUGAGAAAAUGGGUCUUGGAUUUUAA